AUGUCUACUGCAAGCCCUCACAGGGACACGGUCAGACCUAGAGGUCGCCCUUGUAAAUCUUCUACCGGCACAGACAACUCAGUACGUACAUCUCUCCCCCUUUUUUUCGUCCGCCACUUACCGGAUCUACAGGAACGAAGGAGACAGAUCCGCGAUGCUCAAAGAGCCUAUAGAUCGCGUCAACAAAGCCUACUUGAAUCUCUCAAGGAAAGAAACGCGCACCUGGAGGAUGUUGUGGGCCAGCUCUCUCAGAUCAUGCACUCAUUUCAUCAAACCAAAGCGAGCCCGCACCUGCCACUAUCAAACCUUCCAAAGGCAGUUGAUCUGCUCGAAGACGAGAUUACACUUCAACUGAAACGAGCUGAAGCCCCUUCUCUAAGAGAAAAUUCUCAACAAAAUUCUCAACACUAUGCAAAUUUGCCAAUGUUCCAGGAAAAGAUGCAGCAUCUGCUCGUUCAACCCUCUUUGGAUCUGGCGAAGACGGUUUAUCCGCCCACCCCGGUCGUGAAGCAAUCCGAUUCUCCAUUUUGGACCUCAUUUCUUCAAACAUCUCAUCUGCUUAUUCCGGGUGUUCCACCGACACUGUAUAAUGCAUCUUGUGAUACUUCUACAGGUCCGCUGGAUCUCCACGGCCCGCCGAUUCCCUACGCAACUACUCCCUUCACACAGAAGCUCUUUCGAGCGUGUGCUGAAAGUGGCCAUCGCUAUCUUAUGAACGAUACUGUUACUGAUCAUGAAAUGUGGCGUGAAUUUGGUCUCAUGCUGCAAAAGGUCCCGAGGGUCGAGGUCACGUUGUACUUCAAACGAGUCCUAGCAGCAACACCCUGUAACCCCAUUGAAGACUUUCGGUUCCCGUUCAUCAGCCUCGGUGGUGCAGGUACACACUUUCCCCGCACGAGACAAAUUUCUAUCGGUGCAUCUGGGCUACAUAAUCUACUUCCAUUCCAAACGACAAAUGGAAUUAAAGAACUGCCUUCCGACGAAGAAUGGUUCGACGUUCAUGACGUCGAAGGCUUCUUGUCAAGCCGAGGAAUUUUACUGAAAUCCAACCGGUCGCUUCCGACAAAUUCAGAACUAUCUGGCACACGAUUCAUAUCGCAUGGAUCCUCACAAUCCUUUCUUGAACAAACUAUGGAAGGAGAUUGCCUUUCCUUCGAUGAAGACUUAUCAAUAACCCCGAUUAUGAGUGUUGAUGAAACUUCCAUUAUUGGAGGUAGGUACAAAGCUUCUAGUAUCUAA